UUAGAUUUUUGAAGCUGGUUUCGUAAAUGCUAUACUGUCAUUGUCACUACAAUCAGUCAAUGUCACAUUUUGUGAAAAGUCAAAUUCAAAACCAUUCAAAACAAAACUUUUGAUGAAAGUUGACAUUUGUUGACCUUUUUCAUAUUCUUAAUUUAGUAUGUAAAAAGCGUUUUUGUUAUUUAAAUAGUAAAUGCGAACAUAGUGCGAAGUGGAGUGCUUAGUUUAUAUUUCUCUACAAGAUUCUUUUGGCUAGUAGUUUUAUCCUUUUGCCGUAUCUGGCAGUGCCAACCGAUAACAGGUUUUAUCAAAAUAUAUACAGCAUACAGUUGCUUAUAUUAUUUACUUUCCAAAUUGAUAAAUGAUAACGGUUUAUUUAUCAUGAGAUACUAAGAAGGACGAGCAAAUCGGAAAUAGUAUGGUGCAUAUGCAGAAGAAAAGAUAUAUUUGAUUUUAAGGUAAUGCCUACUAAUAACAAUAAUGUUAAAGUUGGUAUUUUAAUUUUUAUUUGAAUAUAGUGUUUACCCACUGAUAAGAUAAAUAUUAAAAACUAGAUGGGCGCCGGCGAAAACAAUAUACCUCCAGGUGAAGGCCCCCUGGCAUCAUGCAUAUGUGGAUGUGGUUUGGCUACGACGUGGGCGAAUUCCUGUUCGCCGGGCUCGACGUCAACACGCGGUGGGCCUUUGCGCUCACGUGGAUCGCGCUGUUCUUCGUCGCGCUGCUGUUUGAAGCUUCCAAGGUUUAUCUAGCGCGGGUGCAGCGGGAGGCCCAUCAGAAGCUGUAUCCCUACCGGUGUGACGAGAGACGAAACCUGCUCAAUGAUCGGGAGCAAGGUAAUCCUAUGGAGCCGACGACCAGCCGGAACGCAAGUUCUGGUCAAGUGAGCAGAUGGGCUUCCUUCAGAGUCAGGACGCUGGUGAACGGGCAGCAGACGCUGGUGUUCGUGGCGCACAACGUGGUGGGCUACCUGCUCAUGCUGGCGGUCAUGCUGUACAACGUGCAGCUCAUCCUCGCCGUCGUCUUCGGCAUGAUGCUGGGCUACUUCCUAUUCGGCACGAAGCUGACGCGCCUGCAGAUGCAGUGCGUCAACGCCAAGCGAGUCAUCUGCACUCCAGAGUGUGACGACACUGCUGAGACUACAACCCCGCCGCUUCUAGACUCAGCACAGAACUCGGAAUCUGACUUUUUCAUAUGCAGGACGAGAAAUUGCAUACAACCGUCACAUUAUUUCCCAGCGACCACAUCGCCGGAAACUGGCGAAUCUAGUACCGCGUCGUGUUCUUACGGCGCCAAAAUGUGCCCGUCUAAAGUUGCCAGAGUGAAAAAAGCCCAAAAUUCUUGCCAUCAUGGUGAAAGCGAAAAAGAGGACAGCCCUAGCGUGGAAGACACGCAACUUUUAAACCGGGGCUGUUGUAAAAAGAAAGAGACUCCAUCAGAGGAAUCUUGUUGCAAAUCUAAACACAGCGCCGCUUUAGUUCACGAGGAACCUCAAGAAGAUAUAACUCUGACGGAAAACAAAGAUCAGAGUAGAGAAGACAGCCCGCAGGUCACGUGUUGCCAUAACGCAAAACCUCCCAGCGGCAGUCAGGAACAGAUAAUAAAGUGACCCAAUAUUUGCGUUUGAUUAUACUCUGUGCUCUGAGCACUUGCCAAGAAAGUUGGAACAGGGAGAUUUGAUAGCUAGGGAUGGCAAGUGAUUUGUUUUCUAAAGCCGGGUCUAGACAAGUGUAACGCGUAAUGUAAUCCAUCGUGUAAUGUAAUGCGAAUAUUACGUGUGGACGGCACUACGAGCAUUACAUGUAACGUUCGCGCCGGCGUUUGGGCUCGGCUGUCGGUUUUUUGCGCGAACAUAAAGGCGCUUGCAGUGCUCGUAACUGUUGGAAACCACUAUUGAUUCAUUGAUUCGCGUAGACAAUUCGUUUCGAGAUCGUGUGCCGUCCACACUGUUGACAUUUCUUUACACACUGUUGACACUAAAUUACACGUAAUCUUACAUUACGCGUUACACACGUCUGGAACCGGCUUUACCGACUUCAAAAAGGAAGAAGGUUUUGUUCCACUAUAUAUAUAUUUUUUUCAUUCUUCUCUCAAUUGUGGAGCGAUUAUUAUCGGAAGAUGUUUUAUGAAGUCAGUUAACUUUUUUAACCGACUUCCAAAAAGGAGGAGGUUCUACGUUCGGCUGUAUGUAUGUUUUUUUUUUUUUUUUUUUUUUUUUUUUUAUGUAUGUCCAGCGAUAAUUCCGUCAAUUAUGGACCGAUUUUGAAAAUUCUUUUUUUGUUUUGUAGGGUUUACUUCCAGGGUGGUCCCAUUUUUUUCAUGUCAGGAUCUGAUGAUGGCAUCCUGGAGAAAUUGAGGGGAACUUUCGAAAGUUGUAGAGACGGCUAGUACGUUUGUUAGUGUUUCCAUAAGGUAUUUUAAACCACUACAACUUUAUGAAGGUUUGGAGUUGGUCUGAUGAUGGAGCCGAAACACAGACGAUGGAACUCGUCAAGGAUUUACAGCAGUCACCUUUUGUUUGGGCUUGAUUAAUUUGUAUUGAUGAGUACUUUCCACCUAUAUGGAUUGUGACUGUAUUAAGGGUCUGGUGAUGAAGACGAGGGACAGUGAAGAGAACUCCUCGACGGUUCACAGUAGCUACCUUGUGUUUGGACUUGAUAAAUUUGUAUUGAUGAGAACUUACCACCUAGAUGGAUUGUGAUUGUAUUAAGGGUCUGAUGAUAAAGACGAGGAACAGUGAAGAGAACUCCUCGACGGUUCACAGUAGCUACCUUGUGUUUGGACUUGAUAAAUUUGUAUUGAUGAGAACUUUCCACCUAGAAGGAUUGUGACUGUAUUAAGGGUCUGGUGAUGAAGACGAGGGACAGUGAAGAGAACUCCUCGACGGUUCACAGUAGCUACCUUGUGUUUGGACUUGAUAAAUUUGUAUUGAUGAGAACUUUCCACCUAGAUGGAUUGUGACUGUAUUAAGGGUCUGAAGAUGAAGACGAAAGACAGUGAAGGGAACUCCUCGACGAUUCACAGUAGCUACCUUGUGUUUGGACUUGAUAAAUUUGUAUUGAUGAGAACUUUCCACCUAGAUGGAUUGCGACUGUAUUAAGGGUCUGGUGAUGAAGACGAAGCACAGUGAAGAGAACUCCUCGACGGCUCACAGUAGCUACCUUGUGUUUGGACUUGAUAAUUUUGUAUUGAUAAGAACUUUCCACUUAGAUAGGUUGUGACUGUACACACGCAGUGGGUAUGCUAACACUAAAAAUAAAAAAAUAAAAAUUUUAAUAAAAAAAAUUCAACCGACUUCCAACUCAAAAAAUAACU